UGUUAUAGCCAAACCGCGAUAUAGGUUUCCAGAUGGUGAGCUGCUACUAUUUUCACCGGGGGAAUUCCCACAUCAAUGUGGGUUACUUAGCUGUUUUACAUUCCAGACAUCCAAAGGAAAAUUUGGAUUUUGGCCUGAACGCGGAGGACCCUUUGAGAAAGGAAUCAUUUAUAGAGAAAGCUUGAUUUCUCCAAAAUUAGUUAUCUAAUGUUUGCUUUGAGUUUGAGUUUCUAUUAGAAACGUUUCUAAAGUUUAUGAAUUACCCUCUUCGGACCUCACUUUCAGGAUAACUAUGGGUGGGUAUGUUGUUCUAUACAAGCACUUUUGGGUAUCUAAUUCUUUUAAUGUUUAUAUUUCGGACAUAAUGUAUGGACCUCUUGUUCUAACAAUUAUAUUUAUGAAUUAUGGCCUCGUCGUGUGAAUCCUUUGAGAAAGGGAUGGUUUAUAGAGAGUUUGAUUUGGUCAUAUUUACUUAACAUUUGCUUGUGUAUGCUAGGAACUUUUGCCCCGGCUAUAAAGUGCAGACCUCUUGUUCUUA